UUUUAACCAGUUCUCCAUUCUAAAAGAAUGGGGGAUUGGGAGUAUCUCUGCAGACGUUGCCAUAUCAGGGCCCUAAGUCCACAGAAUUCAAAUAAAAUUGCCCAGAAAUGGUCAACGCCAUUUUUUAAAAUGGCAGUGAUCCCCAAGAUUUUAAUUUCGACAUUCUUUUCGAAAUAGAAUUCGAUAAUAAUUAUUUCUCAUCGUUGAUUCUAUUUGAAAUUCGAAUCAAAUGCCUCUUAUAUUCGUUAUUCAUUAUUCUUAUAUUUUGUUUGUUUUAUUCUAUCCGCGAAUCACGUUUGUACGUAAUUUGCAGUACCCUAAAAUUAAGAUCCUAACACUGGGUGGCCCCACACUACAUCUUCUGAAGAAUGGUAGGAUGUACAAAAAGGCGCCUCAAAGCCGAAACCUUUCACAAUCGUAUCUUCUCAUUCAGAAAGACCCAAAUAGCCCUAAAAAAGGUAAAAAGUACAUGAAUUUCGUGCAACGUGCGUCUCGUCGGCUUUUUCACAAGUCACAGUUUGCGAAGGCUUCUUUAGCUACAUGGCGCCAACAGUGCUUUAAUCUUUUCUACCAAAAUCUGAAUGCAUUUCCAAGUUUACGUCAAAAGCGAAUGUUAAAUCGAUGCCCAGUUAACAAAAAGAUCCCUCCGUAAAACCCUAUUUACUCAAGCCCGUUGUUAUGGCGACAUUGUUCCGUUGGUUACGUUAUGAAGGCCGACAAGUCAGAUGGCGGAUGGGAUUCCAUAGAGCAGCACACCCAUAACCGAUAGCGAAAUGGACGAGUCUAAAGCGCCUUCAAAUGUUGGUUUCAUUAUGAAAGAUGGAAUCCUUUGUCGUGUCUCACUCAAGUACCGUAAGGCCGAAGUCGCAAAACCGAUGAAAAAGAAAAAGAGGCCCAAGUUGCAAGGCCAUUGUGCAGCACACAGCUCGUUUAUGAUAUCUCAGCAAUGCCCAGAGGCAAGUCCACCAUUGAGUCCACAGGAGCAAAGAAGAAGAGCAAUCCGUCAGCGGAUGGAGGCCAUGACGCCCGUUUGCUUUGCCAAACCACGGGGAUCGUACAGUGUUGACAACGCGUCGUUACGAGCUAGACUGUUCCAGCUGAUGAUAACACGAAUCCCUAAAUUGAUCCAACCCGUCGAUCACUCCGUGUGGGCCAUGCAAGAAUUGACGAAUGUCAACACCAAGUGCAUGAGACACGCAGCGUUAAGUCGGCCGGAUAAAUAUCCUAGUCUCCUGAUCAGAGCUCCGGUUCCAUGGCACCAACAAUUCCUUAUCGCACGUGAAUUUGCUACUCACAAUCUUUUCGCUACACAUUCCGUGUCAUUAGAAUUGCGUCAACUCUGGGACUCGACCUACCGUUCCUGGCGUCUUUUCGAUAUCCCUUGGAAAAGAAACAAACCCCUAGAUCCAGAUGCCCUUCUGGGUUUGAUUCGCAAUCGAUGUCACGAACUCCACAGUUCUUUAGUUAAAAAGUGGAUGCCAGAAUGCUGCAAGGUUUUGAAUCGCCAAAAACCUACAUGGACUGCUAUGGUGCCUCUGAAACGAGGAGAGUCGAUGCAACAAGUUUUACGAUUCUUCAACAGUAUCACCCGUUUAAUUUCUUUGCAAAUUCGAUGUCUAUUGUACAGCUGGAUUGAUGAAUGGUCCGACCUCAUGACUGCAUACGACGCUGGUGACGAUGAUGAUCACAACAAGGCGGAUACCUUUCCAAAAGUAUUUCCUUUCAUCCGGUUACAGUUAGCUUUGUCGGACGGAAAAGUAUGGGUGAAACCCAAACAUGAGACGAUUCAGCACAAAAUGGAGAAGAUAUUGCGAACUAUCGUCUAUGUAAGCUGCCAAAUUCCUCGCAUUGAGAGAAUUUUCUUACCAGGUAUGCACUGCAAACUUAUCCUAAACUUACUAUAUGUACUAAAGAAAUUUUUGACAGGUUAUACAGGUGGUGAAGAAUUUUUAGUGGCAAUUGCUUGGGAAGAUGACCGUGUCAAGUUAGCCCUGAACAAAACAAGAUACAUCGUCAACUCUAAUAAAAAAGUACCUGAACGCUACAUCUUCGAUAUUUACACCAAUUACGAACCUAUGCUUCAGCCACGUUUUCGACAGUCAUUUGAAGGCUCUGGGGAAAUGACCUGGGAGGAAAACGAAAAGCUGUUCAAGAAACGAAUUGAAAAAUUGGAAGCUAUAAAAAAAAAGCUUCUGCUGCUCAAAUCGCACGUCUACCUCAAACUCUUUUAUUUAGAUUGUCACGAGAUAAACAAAUAUCUGAUCGAUUUCAUCGACAACAUCAGGUCUUCUUUAGUGAAGAGAAUUAUGAACGAUAACAGGCAAAUAGUCAGGAAAAUUUGCACUCGUUUUGAAACCGUGACGGAGAAAGUCAGUCAAGUGCCGGAAACCACCGCCCAAUUGGUCGAAUCUGUCGACUACGUCCACCGCUCCCAAACGCAAAGUUUACCGGAAAUGUUGCUUGAAGUGAAUGCUGCCGGUUCACGAUUGCUCACUUUGCUCAACUAUACCAUGCUUCAAAAGGACGAUUUGUCUUUGAGCUGCCGCCUUUUUCAUUGGCCUAGUGACUUGGAUUCCGUUUUGCAAGUCAGUUCGACUCGUCUCCAGCGGAUUCGCGUCGAAACGGAGCGAUCGUUGAAGGAACGAACCCAAUUGUUCUUGGGGCGAUUAGCCGAGUACGGAGAAGCUUUGGAUAAUUUCAAGAACAAGGAAACGACAGCGUUGACGACUGAAGAGAUGAUUUCCAGCACGACUUUACUACAAGAUUUACAUAAAAAACUACAGGCCGCGCAAAUUGAAUUGGAGGAAAUCAAUAACGAUGAAACAUUGCUGGAAUGGUCAGUGACUCACGUUCCUACCCUUCCGGCCCUCAUCCAGCUUAUUGAGCCUUAUUACCAACUGUGGCACGUCGCCUAUAAGUUCCACGAAAGCCACGAUGUUUGGUUCCAUGGUCCUUUUCGCAAGUUGGAUUCUCAAAUGAUUGCCAGUGAAAUCAAUGCCAUGUACAAACAGAUGCAGCAACUUGCCAUCGUUUUCGCUGACGUCACGGCCGCUAAACGUGUGACCGAUACUGUCCGUAAACGUAUUGUAAAGUUUAUGGGUUAUUUACCGUUACUGCAUGCCGUCUGCAAUCCUGGACUUCGAGAAAGACAUUGGAUAUUGAUUAGUCAAAAUUUCGAAUCACCCAUGUGUCCCGAACCAGACACUUCAUUGGCUGAAUUGGUUUCAGCUGGUCUAAUGCAGUAUAUCAGUCGCAUCGAAGAAGUCAGCAUCACUGCCACCAAAGAGUUUGCGUUAGAAGAAACGCUUCAGCGCAUGCAGUCAGAAUGGAAUGAAAUUUGUUUCGAAUUCUUACCGUACCGAGAUUCGGAUGUAAGUGUUUUGACAGGAAUUGAGGAAAUUCAAGCCCUUGUGGAUGACCACAUUCUACGGGCGCAAACGAUGCACGCGUCGCCCUACAUCGCCCCAUUGGAGCCGGUCCUUCAGUCGUGGGAGGAACAGCUGGUCGGGGUCCAGGAUACUAUGGAUGUCUGGAUGAAAGUGCAAAAUACUUGGCUAUAUCUGGAGCCCAUCUUCAGCUCGGAAGAUAUUCAGCGGCAAAUGGCUAGCGAUGCUGCCAAGUUUUCCCACGUAGAUUCAAUGUGGCGGUCGUUGAUGUCGGCAGCAACUGGUGAGCCUCGUGUUUUGGUGGCCGCUUCACGUCCUGGCCUUUUGGACGAGCUACGAGAGGCUUUCGCCAUUUUGGAAGACAUUCAGAAAGGACUACACGAUUAUCUGGAGAAAAAACGUAUCUUUUUCUCCAGGUUUUACUUUCUGUCCAAUGACGAAUUGCUGGAGAUUUUGUCAAAAACCAAAGAACCAGAGCGCAUUCAGCCACAUUUGCGCAAGUGUUUCGAUGGUAUUGGCCGUCUAAUGUUUAAUUCCAGCCAGGAAAUCGAAGCCAUGAUUUCCGAAGGUAACUAUGAGAAAGAUCGUGAAAUUGUUCGCUUCCGCGAGCCCAUUGUUCCAGCCAGAAGCAAAGGAAUGGUAGAAUUAUGGAUGUCCGAAGUCGACGACGCUAUGAAAGACGCUCUAGUUCACUAUACAUAUGUGGCCAUGACUGAAUGGAGCAAUCAGCCGAACAUGGAAUACCUUGAACGCUAUCCAGGCCAGUCCAUUUACUGCGCGUCAGCCAUUAAUUGGACGAAGUCUGUCACCGACACAAUCACGGCCGGCAAUAAAUGGAGUGAGCUGGAGUCGUCAACAAGUUCUUUAGUAACACACUUCACGUCAUUGAUAAAAAAUAGGCCAACUCCGACCGUUCGGAUUACGCUCAACAAUCUGAUAAUGUUUUACCUCAACAGUCGAGAUAUUAUCCAACGAAUGAAGUCGAAAUAUGUUUCAAGCCUGGAUGACUUUUAUUGGCAAAAGAAUUUGAGAUACUAUUGGAACACGGAUGCCUUAGAGGGUCUUGGACAUUUAACUGUCGCAAUGGUUGAGACACAAGUUCCGUAUGGAUUCGAAUAUAUGGGAAACAACCACCGUCUAGUCCUCACGCCUGCUACCGAGAAAGGAUUCCAGAUCAUGAUGCUGGCGUUGAAGCAGUUUCAAGGUGGAUGGCUACAUGGUUUACAAGGCGUUGGUAAAACGGAAACCAUCAAGGAAUUAGCCCGUGCUGUGGCAAAACAGUGUUUAGUUUUUAACUGCUUCGACGGACUGGACACAAAAUCAAUAGGCCGUAUUUUAAAGGGUAUUGUACAAUCUGGAGCGUGGUCUUGCUUUGACGAUAUUGACCAAGUGGCACCUGACGUUCUUUCAGUUAUGUCAGUUCAAAUUUACACGCUUCAAAUGGCUCUGUGUCGACGACUUCGACGAGUCAAUUUUGAGGGAUCAGAUGUUCAAGUAACUGUCGGUUCGGCUAUUUUUAUCACCACCAAAACAAAGGAGCUCUUACCGGACAGUUUUCGGUCCCUAUUCCGUUUGGCAUCCAUUCUUUCGCCGGAUCUGCACUACAUUAUCAAGAUUUCACUGCUUUCUCAGGGAUUUCAAAAUCAUUUAACUAUUGGACCACGCAUCUUUAAGCUGAUGCACGACAUAAGUGAAAACAUUCCCGAUGUAUCAACCACUGCAAACUUGCGUUCGCUUCGAGAAAUUUUAAAGGUUUCCAGUAUGCUAAAGGCUGAAGAAGCCAACAUCGACGAGAUGGCGAUAAUCCACCGUGCAUUUAUGUCUUUUUUCGAAACUCAGUUAACACCGACACAAGGACAAAUCUUGCGUCAUCUAGUCAAUCAGCAUUUCCCAAUAACUACGGUCGAACAUCACUUGGCUUCAGACGUUUUCGGUCAGAAUGUAAAAGAAGCUUGCAUUGAUCUCAACUUGAUUCCAAAUCAGCAGUUUAUCGAAAAAAUCUGGCAAUUGCACGAAUCGCUUAUGGCUCGGAAUGGCGUUAUCCUCCUUGGAGCUACACUGGCGGGCAAAAGCACUCUUUACAAGAUUUUAGCCAAAAUUUAUCCGAAAAUCACGAUGGGCUCAGCUAGUGGUGACGAUGGUCGUGUUGUAAUGCAGACUAUUAGUCCUUGGUCCUUACCUUCCAAAUAUCUUUACGAGUGGAGCGAACCGGACAAAAAUAAGUGGAAUGACGGAAUUAUUACGAAAGCCCUGCGUGAGUUGUCUUCAAGCUCACCGACUAGUCCGCGUUGGCUCAUUUUGGACGGGCAUGUUCAUUCCGAGUUGGUUGGACAUCUACACACUUUGCUGGAUGCCAGUCGCAAAUUGACUCUACCUUCGGGAGAAAUUCUUCAGAUUCCGCAAUCACUUCGCCUGAUUUUUGAAACAUCUGAUUUGACUUAUGCUUCACCAUCCACUAUUACACGGUGUGGCAUAGUCCGAGUAGCAGAGGAUAUCGUGAGCGUUGAUUCGCUCUACCUUAGUUGGUUGAAACGGUCCAACUUGCCAUCAAAUUUGCAUCCGCUACUGGAUAAAUUUGUGCAAAACAUUUUAAAGCCAUGUUUGGUCUUCACUGUUGAGUCUUCUGCGUCUUACUGCAUCAUCCCAACGACUCAGCCUUACCUCUUUGUGAGUUUUACCCGAUUGGUCAAUUCGUUACUGGCCAGCCAUGAAAACCUCCAGUUGAAAACUCUGCUUUUGCUCAAACUGCUGUCAUUCUCCACCAUUUGGACUGUAGGCGCUACAUUCAAACACGAUUGCAAGAGCCAUUUCCAUCAGUAUUUUACUGAUUUGUUCAGUGCCGUCGAAGACGCAGAAAGCUUUGGCACAGGAACUAUUUUACCUCCAUCGGAGUCUUCUGUCUUCUCCUACAAGUUGGAUUUACUCAAUGGGAACUGGGCUCUCUGGAAAGAUGCCCUUCCAUCAAUCCCCAAAAGCUUUAAUGGACCUCGAAUCAUUGUUAGCAACGAAUCCGUUGCCAUUCAACAUUUUUUCAUCAAGGCGUACUCCAACGGAAACGUUCCCGUUUUAAUCCUCGGUCCAGCCAGUGUAGGAAAGUCGCAAGUGACUCAGUUCGUCAUAGAAGACUUGCCUAAAGAUCGAUUUGUUCACAACAUUGUCCAUGUGACACCAGUCACGACGUCAUCUUCUUUACUGACUUCGGUCAUGAUUGGCUUGGAUCGACGUAGGAAAGGAGUUUAUGGUCCAGCACUUGGCCGACGCUGCGUCCUAUUUGUCGACGAUCUCAUUACUAGUGAUCCGGUGGAGGGAAAUAUUCGAACUUCGUCAGAACUCUUAAGACACUGGCUGAAUUACGAAUGCGUUUUCGACGGGAAAACCGCAUCAAAAAUGGAACUAGUGGAUAUUCAUCUGAUAACAUCCGUCAGAUUGACCGACCGCUUUCCCGAAGAAUUUGAUGUUCGGUUGCAUCGCCACAUGAACACAAUUUUCAUUGAUCCCUUCACAACCGACAGCCUCGUAACGAUGACGUCUACAAUCAUGGAACGCCAUUUCUCAUCGCCAGGUUUUGUCAAUGCAGUGUCUAAGCUGGCCAAGGCUGUGUCCGUUGCCACGGUAGAUUUAUACCAAGUUUGGGAGGAAAAGGCUCUACAGAAAGUAGCUCAUUAUUGUGUGAGUGCAUCGUGUGUGAAUCGGGUAAUUCAGGGAAUGAUGAACGUCCCUGCUGCUAAUUUAAGCAAUGUCAACAAAUUGCAUCGUUUGUGGAUCCAUGAAACCUGCCGCGUUUGGGCAGACCGACUCAUGUCAGAUGCGGAUCGUCAAUGGUUCAUCAAUCAUUUGGAUCGCAUUGGCUUGGUUCACUUUAAACAGAAUCUCAGCAAGUAUUUGUUCGCCUCAGCAAUGGGCGGGGCAGAUUACACGAUCCUGCCUAAAAUUCAUUUCUCCAAAUUGCCAAGUUUAAAGUCCGCAGAAAUCAUUUGCGACGAGGUGACAGAUAUGGAUGCCAUAAUCCAAUUGAUGGAGGCUAGGCUGGAACAGCACAACAAGGAAAGCACAGUAUCGGCUCCAAUUAAAUUGGUCAUUUCGCUCAAUGUUGCCUAUCACAUUCUCCACAUCAGUCACGCACUGAAUCGUCCAAGGGGUCACGUGAUUCUGAUCGGUGAUGCUGGAAGAGGUCGCCGUAGUUGCGCUACUGUAGCCGCUUUGCUACUCGAUUACAAAAUCUUUCAGAUAAGAGCCGGCAGGAAUUACGGAGUCCACGAAUGGAAAGAAGACGUUAAAAAACUGAUCCAUCGUUCGGGUAUCCAGCACGAAAAAAUUGUCUUCUUAUGUAAUGCAGCCGACUUCCAGAAACGAAUCUUUUUCGAUUAUAUCGGACGACUGAUAUGCGGAUACGAAAUUUCCGAACUCUUUACUAACGAAGAACGCCAGGAAAUGACUGAACUUUACCAAAAGCGCACAAAAGAAAUCGCCACCUUUAAUCAAAUUCUAUUGCAAGUCGACGAAAACUUGCGUGUUGCGUUGUGUGUCUCUCCAAGAGAUUCGUGCUACAUCCACCUUUCGCGGUACCCUACUGUCUUCAAAUUUGCAUCUAUUCUCUGGUUCGAACCUUGGCCGGAGGAAACAUUGGAGGUUAUCGCUAAGAAAUGGCUAGACGACAUUCCCGGUCUUAGUGAUAAACUGCAGUUAAAUUACUCCAAUUAUUUCAAAAACGUCCACAACAGCAUGCGGCUCUACAGUGAAAGCAAAGGGAUGGCUCAGCAUUCUAGUGCUGCUUAUUUGGAACUCUUGUCAAAUUUUCGGACGCUGUGGCUUAGUAAAGAGAAAGAUUUGCUGCAACAAAAGGAUCGUUAUAAUGUCGGCCUGGGCAAAUUGCAGUUCGCCGCUUCACAGGUUGUCGUCAUGCAGGAGGAGCUCCGGAGUCUUCAGCCGCAACUUGUUGACACUUCAGCAGAAACGGAAAGUCUCAUGGUGAAAAUUGAACAAGACACUGUUAAAGUGGAAGCCCAAAAAGAAAUCAUUGCAGCUGAUGAAAGUUUAGCUAACGAAGCUGCUGCAGCGGCACAAGCCAUCAAAGACGAAUGUGAAAGUGACUUAGCCGAAGCCACUCCGGCUCUAGAUGCAGCCAUCAAUGCCCUGGAUACGCUGAAACCAGCUGACAUUACCUUAGUCAAGUCAAUGCGACAUCCACCGUCUAUCGUGAAACUGGUAAUGGAAGCUGUUUGCGUCAUGAAACAAAUUCCACCCGUCAAGAAAUUGGAUAUGAGCACAGGUAAAAUAACGGACAACUACUGGCAAGCUGCCCAGAAAAUCCUGGGAGACCUUCGUUUUUUGGAUCUCUUACGUUCCUACGACAAGGACAACAUUCCUUCGAAUGUUAUGAAACGUAUACGUGAAAAAUAUAUUCCUAAUCCAGAGUUCAACCCAAAUAUUGUGCGACAUGUUUCGACAGCUUGCGAAGGACUUUGUCGAUGGGUUAGGGCAAUGGAAGUUUACGACCGGGUUAUUAAAAUCGUUGCACCCAAACGUGCCAAAUUGCAAGAAGCUGAGCAGGAACUGGCUCGACAAAUGAAACGUUUAUCAGAGAAACAUAACCAAUUACAGCAGAUCUCUGAUAAAUUGCAAGGCUUGAAUGACGACUUUGCUGCCAUGUCCAAAAAGAAAAAAGACUUGGAAGAUAGUAUUGAGCAAUGUCAUCAGAAAAUGGAACGAGCAGAGAAAUUGAUUGGAGGUUUAGGUGGCGAGCAAGAAAACUGGAAAACAUCCUCCAACAACCUCGAUUUUCGAUUAAAGCAAUUGCCUGGCGACGUCCUCCUCUCUGCCAGUAUCAUUACGUACCUGGGGGCAAUGAAAAAUGAGCAAAGAACGGAUUGCCUUCACAAGUGGUUGCAACUCAUUGAAGAAUGUAAGAUCCCACACAGUAACAACUUUUCGCUAGUAGACUGCUUGAUCGAUCCGGUUAAGAUAAGGGCUUGGAACCUUGCUGGCCUACCGUCCGACAGGUAUUCCCUAGACAAUGGAAUAAUCACGACUCACUGCCAACGCUGGCCUUUACUUUUUGACCCUCAAGAUCAAGGAUUAAAAUGGAUCGUUAAUACUGAGACGAAAAAUCAAGUGAAGCAGAUCCGUUACGAUGACGCUAAUUAUGUGAGGGAACUCAAAACGGCCAUAUCGGAAGGCCACAUAGUUGUAAUGGUCAAUGUUAAAGACAAACUGGAUCCGGAGCUUGACAAUUUGUUGGAGAAACGAACGUUCACCUCGAACGAGAAGACAGUUAUUCAAAUAGGUUCCGAAUUGAUUCAAUGGUCUCCCAAGUUCCGUUUAUAUUUGAUUACAAAAGAAGAAAAUUCUGCCUCUAAUUUAGAGCUCGCUUCAAAGUUGACCAUAAUCAAUUUCCGAUUGAGCCGUGCCGGGCUAGAGGAUAAAUUCCUGAGCCUUUUCUUAUCUAACGAACGUCCGGAACUUGAGGAACAAAAGCAAAUGCUAAUGGUCCAAAGCGCUAGCAACCAAAGACAGAUCAGGGAUCUUGAAGACCGUAUCCUCUACGUUCUUUCUUCUUCUCGUGGAAAUAUUUUGGAAGAUGAGACGGCAACAAAGACUCUGUACAGCUCCAAGAUCACGUCCGAAGGUAUCAGCGUCAAGCAAAAGGAAAUCCAGAAGUCAGAACAGGAAAUUGACCAGGUGCGCGAGAGUUACCGGGCUGUCGCUUCCCAUGCAGCAUCAUUGUACUCAUGCAUCGGUCAACUGAGACAUCUCAACAAAGUCUAUCAGUUUUCCUUGCCUUGGUUCAUUAAUCUGUUCACAAAUUCGACGGUGACGAGUCAAACAUCGUUGCUCAUCAGUGAAAGGAUCGUUUACGUCAAUGAACAUUUCAGCAGAACUCUUCAUCAUUCCAUUUGUCGGGCUUUAUUCAACACCGAUAGGCAGCUGUUUACUGUCCUAUUGGCAUUUGCAGCCCUUCGUUCCAAGGGUAAUGUCCAGCAAGAAACGAUUGAUCGACUGUACGCGGAAACCCCAUUGCCUCCAAGUCAUUGGAUUGGUCCAUCUUGGAUUGAUGGCAAAACUUGGCAACAUAUUAUGGAAUUGAGUCAAACCGUAGAAAGGUUGAAAGAAUUGCCUCAGCAUAUGGAAUGCAAUGCUCAAGAAUGGCAAGAGUUCUGCCUUCCAUCCCAUCUAGCGAGAAACUUGCCUUCCCCGUGGCACCAGCUAGAGCCUUUGGAACAGCUUCUUAUCAUCAAACAUUUAAAACCGGACUGUUUUGCGGCUUCAGUUAAUACUUUUAUCAAAGCCAUUUUGGGACCCAAUUAUUCGGAAAAUAUCAUCAACGACCUUCAAGGAGCUUACGAAGAAUCGAAAUCCACCGUACCGGUUCUCUGCUUUGUGGCAGGAAACAUUGAUCCUUGUCAAAGCAUUUCAUCGUUGUGUGAAAAGAAAUUAGAUAAUCGCAACAGAAUCAAGUCAUUCACGUUAGGACGGGGAUCGGAUCGAACGGUUUACAACCUAGUACGUAGAUGUGCCGACGAAGGUAACUGGGCCGUUGUACAAAACAUCCAUUUGUAUCCGGAUCUUGUGGAUGAAAUUGUGGAUCAACUGCGUAUGGAACAAAAGGACUUUGGGAACGAAUUCCGUCUAUGGUUGAUUGGCUACGCCUCGUCGCAAUAUUCACCUAUGGCAUUACAGUUUUGUGUCAAAACUGUUUGUGAAUCGCCUUCAUGUUUCCGAGAUGGCCUCUUAGAAAUCCUUCGCCUCGAUUUCGUACACGAUUUCUCAAGCGCGCGGGCAUCGUCUGCGGAAUCGAGUUUCCAGUCAGCCAAUCCGUCCCAGUUGGAGAAGGAAAACGUCAUAUUCCGCAGUGAACCCUGGCGACGAAUUUCUCUUGCUCUGUUUUGUUUCCAUGCUUUGCUAUUGGAAAGGACUCGCUACUCGACAUUAGGUUUUGCUGGUCUUGUCGAGUUCACAUAUUACGACUUAAAAUCAGCCUUGAUUCUCGUCAAAGAUUCUAUGCUGUCAGCUAGAGAUAUCUCGUUGGCAUCACUUCGCGCAUUGGUCGUUGAUUGUGUGUAUCGUGCUCAAUUGACUAUCGAGAAUGAUGUCGCCAUCUUGCGCCGUUUCAUUGACCAUCUUUUAAGUUCGAACAUUCUGCAAGCAGACAGGUUAAUUGUUUCCCUGUGCGGAAAGUUGUCCAUUCCUUUCACAAAUAACGCACGGAUCCUUAUGGAUUCCAUUCAAUCCUUACCCAGAGAUUUGCAACCCGAAGCUGUCGGUUUGUCAAGAGACUUGGUGAAGCAAUGCCACACCGAGGAAUCCGUGGACCUUCUAAGAAAGUUGAAUUGCUGCUCCGCAACAUCUGAUCGUUAGAAACCGGAAUGUCCUGAAAAUGAAAAAUGCUAUACCGUUUCUGGGUCAUCUUUUUCAGAUUUUGCUUCUUAACUCAUUUAUUUACUAAACCCUUGAUAAUUAACCAAGUGAUGUUUCCUUUUUUGAAAGCAAUUAAUUAUAUUCUUUAUUCUCUCGUA